AUGGCUCAUGAGGUCAGAACUAAAUCAGCUGAUAUAAGCAAAAAUACUCAUCCAGCCACUCAACGCCAUGGCUCUCAAUCAGCGGCUCAAUCAGGUCCAUCGUUAGGAUCUGAAGGGUUUCAUUUUGAUGACAGAGGGAUGCUUCUUCCACACAGCAUCUUGGGUACCUUGGAUGGCUUUAGAAAGUACCUGGAGAUGAGAGGAGAGACGGAGUUUGUUAACCAAAUUCCAAAUUCCAGAAGGGAUCUUCACUCCCAGGUUCUUGGAAAGGUUCCUAAAGAGGGAGCACAGAACCAGCGAGAUGUUCCAUUUGGCCAGAGAAACUUACAAGCAAAUGCCCUGCAGCAUUGGGAUCAAUGCAUCCGGCAGCGCAAACGGCAACAGAAUGUUUUAUCUGAACGGCUCCACAGGCCAGUUGAGAACUUACUGAUGAACCAAGAUUACUGUUUCAAAGAACUACAGGAGCAAAGAGAAAUUCUACGACGAGUCUUGCCACUCAUACAGUCAGGCUAUGGGCAUCGUGUAGGAAGUGAAUUUUGGAGUCUUCCCCAGCGGUAUGGAAAUGAUUUAAGCGGAAUCAGAGCAACUUUGACACAGACAGAGCAAGGCAAACGGAAACCUGUUACAAUUAUCGGACAACCACACAGCAUACUCCAGGAAUCUGGAAUCACUUGUGUUGAGAUGCUGCGUCAAGCGUCUCAGAUUUUGGACCCAAAUAUUGGCGUGCAGCAACGUGCACGCCAAGCGCUCAUGCGGGGCUUGGAAGUCAGCAAGAAGGAUCUGAAAAAACUGGAGGUGAUUGGCUCGAACAAGCCUGUUGUUAAAGAGAGUCAAAGUCUUUUCAUGGAAGAUGAAGAGUGUAGGAACAAGCAGUGUUCAGUGACAAAAAAUGAGGAUAUUGAUCCACUGGCACAUUAUAAUGAUGGUCAGUCGAACAUGCUCCUCAUUCCUGCCAUGAGGUUUGCUGGUCAGCUUGCUAGUUGGACUGGAAGUGCUCAUUGUCAGCAGGAAACAGUAGGAAUCAGCACAACAGUAUUAUUUGAGGCUUUUGUCGGUGAGCGAGUCACAUCUCAACUGGAGAUGAGCAACGUAGGCAGCACAGCCCUCCUCUUCAGCUGGCAGCAGCUUCCCCUGCCACAACAUUUCUCAAACCUAGAAUCCCAGUCAAACUGCCCACACUUCUAUUUCAACACUUCCUCUGGAACCAUCUAUCCAGGUGAAACCCAGCAAAUCAAUUUUAUUUUUAAAUCAGAUAAGCCAGGCAUCAUAACGGAGCAGUGGCAGCUGAACACGCACCCUUUGCUGCUGCAGGGGGCGUCUAUUCAGAUCACGUUGAAGGGUCUGUCCCACUUGCAGGACACAACUGCAAGACAAAGGGAAUUCAUAAAGACAAAACUGGAAGAGACUACAAGACUGGAAAUUUGCCGAAUGAUUGUGUAUCAGGCGGUGCGGGGAAUUCAGACUCCAGAGAGAUCCACCUCUCCUGCAGAGCCAUACACGAGCCACCUGGACUCUCCGCCGUCCUGUUCGGAUCUUCUUCCACUGGGUCUCCAUGAUAUCAUCGCUGCGUGGUUCACUGCAGGUCCCGCGGCAGGGAGGACAUCAUUUGGACCUGCAAGGUGCGGCGAGGGGAUGAGCAAUGGGAAAGAGUUCGCCUGA